CAGUGUUUAUCAUUUGAUAAUGACAUGAAGUAAAAAUUGAUACUUUCAGUUUGAUAUUGAUAAUAUACUGGUGUAAAUUGCCAUUCAUGCUUCAUAUGUAGUUGAAUGUAGAGAGACAGUCAUACCGUAAAUGUUUGACCCAAAUUUUUGUGGAUGGUAAUUUUGUGGUCAUGCUUUCUUGGUUUCAUUGUUGAAUUUCAUGACGCGCACAUUAUAGUCCAUUUACGGGAUGAGGGUAGAAUGGUGCAGUUCUAUCAAUAGGGAAGUACUAUAGACUCCUAUUAGCAAUAACCUUCAGUAAUCCACUUCAAGCUGUGUUUCGCUUCUUUCUGUUGAUGAGCUGGUACCCACAGUGUUGUGGAGAUGUCGCUGAAUGAGGAGUUGGUACAGGCCACUAACGACAGUUUCUGGGAAAUUGGCAAGUACAGUCGUACUGUCAAGCGUAUAGACAAUGGCAAAGCCUUAUGUGAUAGUUUACGGCAGCUGAUACAACAGAGGAGCGAAAUAGAAACCUCGUACGCCAAAAACCUUUCUAGCUGGUCCAAGAAAUGGAAUGAAUUUCUCGAUAAAGGUAAUGAAUACGGCACGAUACAGGGUGGCUGGAGGGGCAUGCUACAGGAAGCAGACAGCCUCGCAGAUUUACACAAUUUAGUCGCCGAUAACUUAAUGACAAAAGACUAUCCCAGCAUCAAGGCAUGGCAGAAGGAAAACUACCACAAAUCCAUGAUGCAUUUCAAGGAAACAAAAGAGCUUGAGGAAGGGUUUAAGAAGGCCCAGAAACCAUGGGAAAAGAAAUACACAAAACUUAUGCAAGCAAAGAAAGAAUAUCAUGCUGCAUGUCGGUCAGAGAAAAGUACAGCCAACCAGGAGAACAAUGCUAGAGGAGACUCGGCAGUAUCCCCCGAUCAGUUAAAGAAAAUCCAGGAAAAAUUAAAGAAAUGCCAAGCAGAUGUAGAGGCAACAAGGGAUAAAUAUGAAGCCUCUUUGAAUGACCUCAACAGUUAUAAUGCCAAAUAUAUUGAAGAUAUGAAUGAGGUGUUUCAAAAAUGUCAAGAUUUUGAGAAGUCAAGGAUUGAGUUCUUCAAGAAGACUAUGUUUGAGAUACAUCAACAUCUUGAUCUCUCUGUAGAACCAAGGUUCUCACAAGUGUACACUAGUCUACACAGUACUAUAGGACAGAUAGACUCCGACAAAGAUCUGAGAUGGUGGUCAACGAACCAUGGAUCUGACAUGCCCAUGAACUGGCCAACAUUUGAGGAGUAUUCACCAGAACUACAAAACAUUUCCAAAAAGAAGGAUUCGGGAAUAGGAGGCGGCAGUGAUGGCAUUACUAUCACCAGUAUUCGCCACAAACCAGACGGCUUUGAUCAGCAGCAGUCCAGCCCGCUUAACACUCACAGACAGACCUCCAACAACGAGUCCCAGCGGUCAUCAUCGGGCUCCAUUCAGCAACAGCAACAGCAGCAGCAGCAGCAACAAUCUUCCACACUUAGGAAAAUUUCAUUUGAUGGAUUCUCCUUACGCAAGAAGUCGAAAGAUAAGUCCUCAAAGCGAAAAACUUUGAUUGAGAAAGAAAGCAAUGCUGGUGAGUCAGAGGAAGUAAAGAGAAAUUCUGAUCCCUCCAGACUGCAGCAGCCCCCUGACUCUGCCCGCCUUGCCCAGAUGAACACUGAAGUCUCACAGGCUGACAUUGUACGGCAUCAACCAGGGGGAGAGAACUAUGUCAGGUCACCGUCCUAUGAUGAGUCACUGAAUCCAUUUGGUGAUGAUGAAGACGAGGGUGGCGGACAAAAAUCCAACAGUACGGUGGAGUCUCACGUAUAUCAAGCCAUAGAUGAAGCUCGGGAAGGACACAACAAGGAGCCAGAAAGGAAAGUGGAGGCGGCACCUGAAGAGGAGGACAAUAACCCAUUUGCUGAGGACGCAGACGAGACCCCCUCCCCGUCCCAAGAGGACUCGCCCCGACAGAUGAACGGGAAGGAAGGGGUGCCAGUCAGGGCAUUGUAUGACUAUACUGUCACAGAAGAAGACGAACUGCCUCUCAAAGCUGGUGAUGUUUUUGUCAAACUGUCCGAGGAAGAUGAGCUGGGAUGGUGUAAAGGAUACAAGGACGGCCGGGAAGGAUUGUAUCCAGCCAACUAUGUAGAACCUGUGUAGAUCUCCAAAAUCCUUCCAGCGUUUGCAUCAGAGGAAUAACUCCUACAUGAUGGUCAAACACUCUAAUAACCAUGAUCAAACUUUGUUAUACAAAGCAUUGGAAUGGGAUUGCGAUGGCGAGGUGGCUGCAGCUUGUUACAUCAUGAUAUAAAUGAUAUUACACUUGUUAUUUCAUUACUGUUACAUAAUGGUUAUUGCCAGGUAGUACUUGUUUGUGUCUGGUUGUCUUUAUGAACAGUUUAUAAGAAUGUAGGUUGUUUUUUCAUGUAUCCUCAAUAAUUUUAUAAUCAGAAUAUGCUGUAGAUUUUUUUUCCCCCCACUCCCUCUAUUCUGUAUUCGCUGUGUUGAACAGAAUGAGGUAGAAUAAACGUGAUAUUGUUAUUAAUUACAAAGAAUUGUGUUAUCAUGUUACAUCUCCCUACCUUUCCCCUAGACAAAUUUGACUACAAAUAUGCCCUGUGUGAUAUAUCUCUCUUGCCACCACCAGUAUAAAAUCAAAAGGGAAAUACAUGUAUAUGUACUAUCUUUAGGUCAGCGUCCUUUCUUGUUUAUGUAUAAGUCUUUUUAUUGAGAACCUCUCUUUACAUUCGUGAAAUGAAAUUGUUAGGCACCUUUGUUUAGUUGAUUUUUGUAUUCAAAUAUUGACAUAUAUUCGAUGAAUUUUCUCAGAAAUUUUCAUUCUUAGAACUGUAGAUAACUACCUCAGGUUGGCAAUUUCACUGUACAUGUAAUUAUCUCGUCAUAUCUUUUCCUUAAUUGUUCUUGCUACGCACUUGAUAGGCAUUUUAUUAUCAACAUCAUGAUUAAAUGUGCAACAAUCUACAGUAUUGAAGGGACGGUCUUGGGAAGGCUUCUAGCUGGCUGAUUUGAAUGAGCUUCCAUUUUUCAUGAUCCUAUUGGUGUUUGAUCUCCAUUUUUUUUUUUUUUUUUUUUUUUUUUUUCAUACAUUCCAUGCUUUUUUCUGAUUGAAGGCCUGACAUUGUAAGAAUUAAAAAGUCAUCAUAUCAUCUAUAGUUUUUCAGGUCACCUAAGUCACUCAGAUGGUUUAAAUAAAACAUGUAUAUUAGUCAUCUUAUUUUAGGUUAUCUAUUAAAACAUACACAUACACCGAACUUGAAAGUUAACAAAUAUGGGAAAUAAUUUCCUAUUAGAGUUUUACACCUUUUCAGUACAUGUAUUA